AUGAGAAGAAAGAAAACGAGAGUGUUAAGGGACCAUCCAAUGCAGGUGGACUGCACGAAGACCAUGCUCUUUGUAACAAAAUUCUCAAUGAAACACAAGACUUCAAAUGAUGAUGAGACAGAGUCAAUGAGGUCUUUUAACAUGAAAAUAAACUUUUGGAGCAUCUUCUUGGAUAGCUCACAUGCAGAGCUUGUGAAUGAACAGUGGAGUUUUCGGAAAAGUGAGAAGAGCUUGAAAUGUAUCCAAUACUGCCUCCAGAAUUUUCCAGGAUUUGGUGUGCUAGGUCCAGGGGGCACUCCCACCUCCUGGAUUGUUAUGGAACAGUCUAGUGAGUUAAGAAUGGGCUACACUGUCCCCAAAUGCCAGGGUCAAGGCAACAUGUGGCAAAUUGUCCAUUUUGAAAAGUUUCUUACUCAGAAAAAUAUCCCAUUUUAUUUAUGUGUAACACAUGAUAAUGAGAAAACCCAAGACACACUAAAAACUUUUGGGUUUAAAGUUGGCCCUUAUCGCUGGCCUCAGUGGAUAUGCACACCCCAGAAAUAUUGUUGAUUAGCACUGGUGUCCAUUUCAAAUCUUCCUUAGCAGGGUAAAGGAAUCAGUACAAACAUUACCUAAGACCACUCCUUAAAUAAACUUUUAUUCUCA